AUGACCAGGGGUGCUUGGAUGUGUCGGCAGUUUGAUGACAGCUCCAAAAUCUGGUUGGCACCCCGGGAGAACGAGAAACCUUUCACUGAUUCGGAGAGGGCUCAGAAAUGGCGACUGUCUUUAGCAUCUCUCUUGUUUUUCACAGUUCUGCUUUCUGAUCAUUUGUGGUUCUGCGCUGAGGCGAAAUUGAUAAGGACCAGAGACAAAGAGCAGGGCACCUUAAUGUCACCACCACCUAGCAUGGCUGAUCAAUUCCCAUCAUCAGUGGAAGGACCUUCACUCUCAUCUACCCUUCAAUCAUCUCAAGAGAGCCUUAGCCAAGGCAAAAAAGCUAUUUUUCUAGGAAAUUCUACCAAACCUCCGCCAGAAACCUGUUCCCCGCAUAGUCCUUUUGGUCAAUGUUACCUUGUUGAUGAUGCUGAGUCUGUCUGUGGGAACUUGAGUGAGGGCUCAUGGAGUAAGCCUUCUCACUUCAACUUGAGUCAUUUUUACCUUCCCUUUUGUAAUUCCUAUACACUUUCAGAUUUGUUUUCUGGCUUCUCAGAUACGGACACUUUGAACUGUAGUGGGGACAUGGUGGAGAAUGGGGAUGUCGCUGGUUGUAGGCAAUGCGUCCAGGCUUAUAAAGGCCAUGACCAGCAUGCUCAGGAGAAAUAUCAAGAAUUUGAAGUUUUGCUACAGAAAUAUUUACAAUCGGAUGAGUAUUCGGUCAAAUCCUGCUCUGAAGACUGCAAGGCUGUCUACAAGUCCUGGCUAUGUUCCCAGUCUUUUGAAGUUACACAAUCUGAAUGCCGUAGCAAAAUUCCUUGCAAGCAAUACUGUUUGGAGGUACAAACACGGUGUCCGUUUAUAUUACCAGAUAACGAUGAUGUCGUCUAUGGUGGACUAUCAAGUUUCAUCUGUACAGGGCUGUAUGAAAACUAUCUAACCAAUGCAGAACCAGAAUGCUGUGAUGUCAGAUGGGAUUUAUCAAGAGAUAACCAAUCCAAAGGGACUAUAAAACAACAGCAGGACUCAACAUUGUGUCACAGGACGUCACUCACAGCUUCAUCAGCAUCCAGACUGUGUAACAGUAGACUUAAACUGUGUGUUCUCGUACUGAUACUAUUACAUACUGUACUAGCAGUUUCAGCAGCACAAAACUCAACAGGACUGGGUUUUGAAAACUUAAGAAUUUUGGAAGACCAUUCAACAAAUGAGGAAUAG